AUGGCAGAUGAAGUCACUGCCCACCGGCAUCGUUCUUUGAAGAACAAGGCUUCUGAGCCCGAUUCACCUGCGGAGUUCCCCAGUAUCGAAGAGGGCAAGCAAUAUUCAGCAAACGGGGCACUGGAAGCCCUGGGAUACGAGCCUGAACUCGUUCGAAACCGCUCCACGCUUCAGGUAGCUUUCAUGUCCUUUGUACUGGCAGCAAUCCCAUAUGGACUGGCUACGACUUUCACCUACCCUCUUAUUGGGGGAGGCCCCGUCAACAUAAUUUGGGGAUGGCUUGCUGUCUCUUUGAUUACUCUAUGUGUGGCCGCCUCACUUGGCGAAAUAACCUCGGUCUACCCAACUGCCGGAGGGGUCUACUACCAGACUUUUAUGCUGUCUCCACCGCCAUACCGGAGAAUCGCCUCGUGGAUUUGUGGAUGGUCAUAUGUCGUUGGAAAUAUCACCAUCACGCUUGCAGUUAACCUCGGGAGUACUCUUUUCUUCAUCUCAUGCCUCAAUGUUUUCGAGUCCGCUCCAGGGGUGGAAAUCUUCCAAGCGGAAACAUAUCAAGUUUUUCUUAUAUUUCUCGCAGUCACACUCUUUGCUAACGCAGUAUCGGCCUUUGGGAACAAAUGGUUACCCUAUCUUGACACAUUCGCAAUAUUCUGGACGCUUGCAGGAUUGUUGGCCAUUGUAAUAUGUGUUUUUGCAAUAGAAAAAGAAGGCAGACAUGACGCCGAAUAUGUUUUUACAAGUUUUGAGCCCGAGUCUGGUUGGCCCGCGGGCUGGUCCUUCUGCGUCGGACUUUUGCAGGCAGCUUAUAGCACUUCCUCCACUGGCAUGGUGAUUUGUAUGUGUGAAGAAGUCCAGCAACCAUCAACACAAGUCCCAAAAGCAAUGGUUGGAACGGUCAUUAUAAAUACCCUGGCUGGGUUCCUCUUCCUUAUUCCAUUGGUUUUCGUGCUCCCUGACACAAAGGUUGUAGCCGCUCUCGAAUCCGGCCAACCAGUUCCAAGUUGCACCACUGCUGUCUCCCGAAGCACAUGGGCGUUUGCUCGCGACGGGGGUAUACCAGGCUCCAUAUGGUGGAGACAGGUAAACAGAGAUGGCGUACCUUUCAAUGCUAUGAUGCUUGGCAUGAUUGUUCAAAUAUUGCUCGGAUUUAUCUACUUCGGGUCAAAUACUGCAUUCAAUGCUUUCACUGGCGUUGGAGUUAUUACAUUGACUGUCAGCUAUGCAUGUCCAAUUGUUGUGUCUUUUGCUGGAGGGCGAAGACACAUAAAGAACGGUCAAUUUGACCUCGGGGCUCUCGGACUUGCUUGCAAUAUUGUGGCGCUGGGAUGGAGUAUUCUUGUCAUUCCAUUGUUUUGCAUGCCUUCUUCAAUCCCUGUCACUGCAGAUACAGUCAACUAUGCACCGGUGGUGUUUGUUGCGUUUAUAUUAAUUGCCUCUGGAUGGUACUGGGCUUGGGGCUACGAGAAAUACGUUGGGCCGCCCACAUUGGACGAUGAACUUCGUCGAUCAGACUACGAAACGCAGUGGAUGCAAGCGAUUGGCGACAAACUCGGCGGACGAACUUUCACCUCCAAGAUCCAAGCGACCUUUCUGAUACUAUUCCGGCUUGAUACCUGGUCGAAAUUCGCCGUGAAAAAGGUAGAUCCUGAUGCCAAGUUCAAAUGGUAUCAUACGAAUAUCUUCACACGAUGGCUGCCCUCAACUAAUCAAACCGUGGUCCUCGCUUUCGAUCUGGACCCGCCCGUCAAAGAACGCUUCCUGAGAGCAGUGAUGAAAGCGGAUGAAAGCUGGCUCAACAAUCCAUUCUGGGUCUAUCCAUAUUUAGUCGAGCAGGUUGCGCUGAUUGAGGAGCCCUCUGUAUGGGCUAUCCGGGAUCAUGUCCGACAGACGGAGACGGAAGAAAAGCCAGAAGGAAGACCGCAACCUGACUACAGACGACUCCAUGACAUCGCUCGGCAUGCUAUUCAUGUGAACGAGACACUCGACAUUGCCUUGCAAAAUGUGGAGCACGUCUUGAUGCAACACGAGAGCUAUACAAAGUCGAACUCAGAUAAUGACUCUGCUGCUUCCGAAGACAUUCAAUUUCGUCUGCGAUCCUGGCAGUCUUUCAUUGCCAACUUACGAUCUCGGUCCAUUUCAAAUGAGAAGCGACUGCAAAAUGAAAUCCAAUUGGCCUUUAAUACUGUGGCUCAGCAUGAUGCCAGUGUUACCCUGGAAAUUGGUCGGGCAACUCAAUUGGAUAGUGCCACAAUGAAAACGAUCGCCUUUGUUACACUUACAUUUCUCCCUCCUACUUUCAUCUGCGCUAUCUUCAGCAUGUCAUUUUUUGAUUUCGGUGGAGACUCCGGCUGGACUAUGUCGAACAAGUUCUGGAUUUACUGGGUCUUCGCUAUACCAACCACUGUUUUUACAACGCUAAUAUGGACUUAUUGGCCGAAUAUCCGUCGCAUAUUGUUUCCCAAAAUUGAAUAA